AUGUUACCAGAAUCGCUCAAUCAGAAUAUUACUGAAGAUGGCCCAGCAAGCAUGAACCAGUUUUCUAUUUUACAUGAUGAUGAUGAUGAUGAUGAUGAUGAUAUUGAUGACAGUAGAAACAAUGCUGGAGAUUCAAAAAUGUCAUAUCAGAGCUCGAUGAACAAUGUAGAAAAUGGACAAUCUGUUGCACAGAAUGGGCAAGAUCAUAAUGAAAAAUUUUGUACACAAGAAAAUACUUUGCCAAAAAAGUUAGCAGUGAAAAGAAAGGAGCAGGAGAAAGGUGAAAAGGAAAAAAGAAGAGGCAGUAGAGAAGAACCAGAAGAUGGGGAAAUCUUAGAAGAUGGAGAAAUUGCAAGUGAAGAAGAUGAUUUAUUCUUUGGGAAGCGUCCUAGGGAUGAUGAUGAGUAUAGUGAAAAGUCUGCAAGCAGUCAAGAAGAGUCAGAAAUGAAAUCGGAAGCAAGUGAUAAUGAAGUAGAAAACAUUGAAACUGAAAAACCAGAGGCGAUUUCAAGGCGAGAACGUCGUAAACGCAAAAGAGAAAGGAGAGAGAAACGGCGUAAAAAGAAUGAAUCUAAGCGCAAACGAAAGAGGUUAGAAUAUGUUGACCAUGAUCAGGUGAAUGAUGAAUACAGCUGGAAUCUUUCAUCAAAAAAUAGAUCACCGUCUGGUCCUUAUGAUAGUCCAUCUGACAAACAGUCAUCAAGUCCUUAUAGAAGUCCACCUGGACCAUAUGACAAUCUAUAUGAAAGUCCACCUGGAUUGUAUGAUAGUCCAUCAGAAGAUGAUGAUGAUGGCAAUUGUCCCAAACUUGCUAAUUUAAUUGGAGAUAAUUUUAUGGAUCUAGCUGUUGCUGCAACUGAAAAAGAGGACAUUUUUCAGCCUCGUGAAAAGAAAAGAGGAGGGAAAAAAAGCAAGCGAUCUCAUCACCAUCAUUCUUCGAAGAAGAAGCCACUUUUAGAAACUCCAAGACAGAGAACCAUGUGCAAAUUUUUCAAAGAAGGAAAAUGUUCCAAGGUAGAAUAUGAUUGCCCUUACAGCCAUGAUUUCAAGCCUUCAAAGAAAACGGAGAUCUGCAAGUUUUACUUAAACAGUAUAUGUACCAAGGGAGACAACUGUUUAUUUCUGCAUGGUGAGUAUCCAUGCAAAUUCUAUCAUACUGGUGCUCAGUGUUAUCAAGGAGAGAAAUGCAAGUUUUCUCAUGAACCACUGAAUGAUGAAACAAAAAUAUUAUUGGAAAAGAUUUUAGAACAUAGAGAUGAAGAAUCCUCAGAUGAUGAUUCUUCAAGAGAAGAUGGAUCAAAUGGCAAGAAGAUUCCUUCACUGUUUGAUAUCAAAGUUUAUCCUCCAGGACAGAGUCCAAAGAAGUCAGCAGGGUCUUCAGGAUCACAAAGUGGCAGACCUGGAUUCUAUAAAGAUUCGCUGAGUUCUUCGCCCUCUGGGAAUUCCUCUUGCUCAAUGCCACCAUCUGGUUCAGGUAUGGGAGGGCUUGGUCAACUUCGACCAAAUAUUGGAUCUCCAGGACAUCCUUCUUUUCUUGGACCUCGUCAGACUCCCAGUGAUUGCCCCACACAACAGCAAUCCCCUCCCCAGCACGGUUGCAGUCCACCUCACCCCCAACCAUCAGGUCCUCCUGGAACAAAUUAUCCUGAUGAUAACAUUUCUCAACCCCAAGAUAACCUUCAUCACCCACUCUAUCAUCCAAUGCAUUAUCAUCAUCACCAUGGACCUCUACCUGAUGAGCGACAUAAUUCAGAAGGAGAUAAAGUUGAAGAGCGAAAACCAAUUCCCAUUGAAAUUCCAUCACAUCUGCCUCCAAAGCAGAAAGAACUGUUUUUACGGAUUCAACAACAGCAGCACCUUCAGACAACAACAGAAACCACUGAAAUAAAAAAUGACAUUAAAGUUGAUGAUGAUAACUGGUAUUCUAGUGAUGAGGAUGAAGAUGGUGAGGCUAAGCCCAAGUUAGCUGACAUCCUUAAAAAUCUUAAUCAGCAGCCUCCAAAGCCUCCACCUAACUUUUCCCCAAGCCACUCAAAUAAUCAGCAAGGUUCAGGCACACAAGGUGCAAAUUCUGCACUGAAUAUAAUGCAGAUGAUUAAUGCAAUUCGAAGUCAACCUACUCCUACUUCAGGGGGACCAUCCCCUGCUGUUUCAGGAGGGGCAACAAUCACCAGCACCAACACUGCUACUACCACCACAACCACAGGAUCUGCAAUAGUACCAGGAUCUUCAGGAUCUAGUUCUGUGGCUUUGAGAAGAGAUCCCCGACUUCAAGCUCAAAAAGGAAAUGUACCAACUGAACAAAAAGCUAUGUCUUCCCCUGCUCCUAAAGCUGAUCCCAGAUUACAAUCGGGCAAAGCUACUACAUCAGUACCAUCAGAGACUGUACCCCCUCGUCUCCCAACACCACCUGUCCCUGUCAUCAAUGCUAUUCCAACUGGAGAGUUACCAUAUCGACUCUAUGAAGUCUCCACAAACAAAUUGCCACUUUCAGCUACAGUUGAUGUAUUUGAUCCUAGAUUUAAAAAUGAUCCUCGUGUUCAAAAAUUCCUUAGCAAUCCACCUGAAUGUUUAAAACAGAAAGCAGGAUCUUUAGAAACUGACAAAAUGUUAAAAUCCCUUGGUGUUCCUAAUCCCAACCGUAUUGAUGAUAUUUCAAAUACUGCCAUACAGACUCCUACAUUACCAGCUAUGUCAGUUCCAGCUGGACUCCCACCAGUAUUACAGCGGCCACAAGAUCCUCGUCUUCAGAGAACGGGAGCACAGAAUUCUCGUAUUUUGGGUAAAAAAUCUGAUGAUAAGGAUUCUCAAGAAUUAAGUAAACCUAUUGACCCUCGCCUCAUGAGAAGUGGGAAUGACCAAAAAUCAUUAGAUCCCAGAUUAUCUCGGCAGCAGUCUAAUACUGGUAAUGUACGAAAUCAUGAUCCUCGCCUAUCUAGGCAACAGGACACUAAGAACCCACCUAGCCGUUUGUCUGGUGAUCCACGUGCAGUUAGGCAACAGUCACCAGUAAGAGAGCCAACUCUCCCCACAUUACUAUUGCCACCAUUGCCAAAUGUAAAUGCUCAGUCAGGUAAUUCAAGCAAUCCACGAGGACCAAGACCACCUAUUGAUCAAACAAAAUUUGGUACUCGUGGUUCCAUUCCACCGAAUCGACCUAAUAAUCCUCGCUCAAUGAGACCAGAAAAUCAAAAUAAGAAUAUUGAUCAAAAUGAAUCACAAAAUACAGACUCUGCACAACCAAAACUGGAUCAUCGAAAUGAUCCCAGGUUCAAACGAAAACCAGCUGCAGAUAGCAACAGUUCACAAUUGCCUCCCCCGAUUCGAAAGUUUAUAGGGCAACGCAAGGGCAGCAUGGAAUACAGUUCCCCACUAGGUGUUGAAAUGGACAAACCAGAACAAAGCAGUGGCUAUAAUAGUUAUAAUCGUCCUCCAAAUGCAAACCGUCAGAUAGGAAGUGGAAACAAGCCACGGACUAGUGGGGCUGAUAUAAUUCCCCCAAAUCUUCCACCUUCAACUGGGAGCCUUCCUCUUCCUCCAGUUAGUAGUGAGUCCUUGCAAAGUGAUCCUCGAGAAAUGGGUGGUCUUUCUGAACUUUCUGGAGUACCCACUUCUGGUUUUCCCCCACAAAUAUCACAAACCAGUCCCAAUCUACCAUAUCAAGCAAUGCCACCUCCUGACCAACCAAAACUUAAAGAUUUAUUUAAAACAAUUGAUCCAACAGCAUCUCCGUUUUGUUAA